CCCGGGACGCAGGCAGCGGGCACCACGGCCCCGGCCGUGACCCCCGCCGCGGAUGCCCUCUACGCCCUCCUGCGAGCAUUCAGCUGGGCGCACGUGGCCCUGGUCACCGCCCCCCAGGACCUGUGGGUGGAGGCAGGACGUGCACUGUCCACGGCGCUCAGGGCCCGGGGCCUGCCCGUCGCCCUGGUGACCUCCAUGGAGCCCUCGGACCUGUCUGGAGCCCGGGAGGCCCUGAAGAGGGUCCGGGACGCGCCCAGGGUCAGAGCAGUGAUCAUGGUCAUGCACUCGGUGCUGCUGGGCGGCGAGGAGCAGCGCUGCCUCCUGGAGGCCGCAGAGGAGCUGGGCCUGGCCGAUGGCUCCUUGGUCUUCCUGCCGUUCGACACGCUCCACUACGCCUUGUCCCCAGGCCGGGAGACCUUGGCCAUACUCGCCAACAACUCCCAGCUUCGCAGGGCCCACGAUGCCGUCCUCACCCUCACGCGACACUGUCCCCUGGGAGGCAGCGUGCUGGGCAGCCUGCGCACGGCCCAGGAGCACCAGGAGCUGCCCCCUGACCUCGAUCUGCAGCAGGUCUCCCCGCUCUUUGGCACCAUCUACGACGCAGUCUUCUUGUUGGCGGGGGGCGUGGCGGGAGCCCGGGCAGCCGCGGGUGGUGGCUGGGUGUCCGGAGCAGCGGUGGCCAGCCACGUCCGGGACACCAAGGUCCCUGGCUUCUGCGGAGCUCUGGGAGGAACCGAGGAACCCUCGUUUGUGCUGCUGGACACUGACGAGGCGGGGGACCGACUGUUCACCACACACAUGCUGGACCCCGCCUGGGGCUCCCUCCGCUCCGCUGGGAUCCCGGUGCACUUCCCUCGCGGGGGCUCUGGGCCUGGGCCCGACCCCUCAUGCUGGUUUGAUCCAGAUGUCAUCUGCAAUGGAGGAGUGGAGCCAGGCGUCAUCUUUCUUGGCUUCCUCCUGGUGGUCGGGAUGGGGCUGACUGGGGCCUUCCUGGCCCAUUACAUAAGGCACCGCCUACUUCACAUCCAAAUGGUCUCUGGCCCCAACAAGAUCAUCCUGACAUUGAACGACAUCACCUUCCUCUACCCACAUGGGGGCAGCUCUCGAAAGGUGGUCCAGGGGAGUCGAUCGAGUCUUGCUGCCCGCAGUGUGUCAGACAUUCGUAGCGUCCCCAGCCAGUCCCAGGAAAGAUCCAACAUUGGCCUCUAUGAGGGAGACAGAGUUUGGCUGAAGAAAUUUCCAGGGGAUCAGCACAUAGCCAUCCGCCCCGCAACCAAGACGGCCUUCUCCAAGCUCCGGGAGCUCCGGCACGAGAACGUGGUCCUUUACCUGGGGCUCUUCCUGGCUGGUGGAGCCGACGGCCCCGAGGCCCCCGGGGAGCAAAUCCUGGCGGUGGUCUCAGAGCACUGUGCGCGGGGCUCCCUCUACGACCUCCUCGCCCAGAGAGACAUAAAGCUGGACUGGAUGUUCAAGUCCUCGCUCCUGCUGGACCUCAUCAAGGGAAUGAGGUAUCUGCACCAUCGAGGCGUGGCUCACGGGCGGCUUAAGUCACGGAACUGCGUGGUGGACGGGAGGUUCGUACUCAAGGUCACCGACCACGGCCACGGGCGACUGCUGGAAGCGCAGAGAGUGUUACCAGAACCUCCCAACGCGGAGGACCAGCUAUGGACAGCCCCGGAGCUGCUUCGGGACCCGGCUCUGGAGCGCCGGGGAACGCUGGCCGGCGACGUCUUCAGCCUGGGCAUCAUCAUGCAGGAGGUCGUGUGCCGCAGCGCCCCCUACGCCAUGCUGGAGCUACCUGCGGAGGAAGUGGUGCAGAGGGUGCAAAGCCCCCCUCCGCUGUGUCGGCCCUUGGUGUCCAUGGACCAGGCACCCAUAGAGUGCAUCCAGCUGAUGAAACAGUGCUGGGCGGAGCAGCCAGACCUUCGGCCCUCCAUGGACUGCACCUUCAACCUGUUCAAGAGCAUCAAUAAGGGCCGGAAGACAAACAUCAUUGACUCAAUGCUGCGGAUGCUGGAGCAGUACUCCAGUAACCUGGAGGACCUGAUCCGGGAGCGCACAGAGGAACUGGAGCUGGAAAAGCAGAAGACAGACCGGCUUCUCACACAGAUGCUGCCUCCGUCUGUGGCUGAGGCCCUGAAGAUGGGGACACCCGUGGAGCCUGAGUACUUUGAAGAGGUGACGCUGUACUUCAGUGACAUCGUGGGUUUCACCACCAUCUCAGCCAUGAGUGAGCCCAUUGAGGUGGUGGACCUGCUCAAUGACCUCUACACACUCUUUGAUGCCAUCAUCGGUUCCCACGAUGUCUACAAGGUGGAGACAAUUGGGGACGCCUAUAUGGUGGCCUCUGGGCUGCCCCAGCGGAACGGACAGAGACAUGCGGCAGAGAUCUCGAACAUGUCGCUGGACAUCCUCAGUGCCGUGGGCAGUUUCCGCAUGCGCCAUAUGCCCGAAGUGCCCGUGCGCAUCCGCAUCGGCCUGCACUCGGCCCGCGGGGCCGGCAGCCACGGCAUCAGCCUGCAGGAAAUCCCCCCAGAGCGGCGCCGGAAGCUGGAGAAGGCGAGGCCUGGCCUGUUCCAGGGACAGUGA